AAUAUUGUGUAGGUGGGAGAUCAGUUAUUGUUGUACUUUCUUCGGAGUUUUCCUUUUAGUCAAUGUUUAUGUUUAGGGUUGUUUUUGAGAGCGUUGUGAAAAAUAUUUUAUAAAUCUAUAAAGAAAUUAUUCUAGUGAAGAAUUAGCCCAAAAUGGCCCUUAAUCCGCCACUUUUUUUCGGUAUCCAGAGUACUGCUGGUGCAGUGCCCGUUCGCAAUGAAAAGGGCGAACUUUCUAUGCAAAAGGUAAAAGUACGGAGAUAUGUAUCGGGAAAGAGGCCAGAUUAUGCUCAAGAUCUCCGUUCAGAUAGUGAAAGCGACGAGGAUGAUUUUUUGGAAAGAAGACACAUUCCCAGAGAACCAUCACCUGAACGUCCAGUCGACAGCGAUGAAGAAGAAUUAAAUGAUCCCAGGUUAAAACGUCUAAAAAAUGUCGAAAUCGAUACCGAAGUUCGGCCAGAACGUCGCAGACACGUCUUUGAGGCAGAAGUCUUAGAAUCUUCUGAAGACGAGGAUGGAGAAGAUGAAAAUGUCACCUUGACAGAACAAAAGCACACUUUGGAAGCAGGCCCAGAUGAUGAAGCAUCUGAAGAGGAACUAAGUGAUGGAGAAAUUGAAAGAAGAAGAGAGCAACUGAAAAACAAGAUUGCCAAGACCCGCAUUGAAGAUGAAGAUCUUAAGCAAGAAGAAGACAGCUCUUCAGAAGAAGAAGAGUCUGAAGAGUACACAGACUCUGAAGAGGAAACUGGUCCAAGGCUGAAGCCAGUUUUUGUGAGGAAAAAGGACAGAAUUACUAUUAUUGAGAAGGAAAAGGAAGCGGCUAGGCAAAGAAGGAUUGAAGAAGAUGAAACUAGAAAAGCAGAAGACAGGCGAAGACAAACUCUCAAAAUCGUUGAAGAUUUAAUCAGAAACAAAAAGGACAACAAAGAAAAAGAUACAAAUGAACCCAACUUAAACGACGUGUGCACUGACGACGAAAAUGACGAAGUCGAGUAUGAAGCAUGGAAGCUAAGAGAACUAAAGCGUAUAAAACGUGAUAGAGAGGAACGCGAAGCUAUAGAAAAGGAGAAGUUAGAGAUAGAAAAAUUGCGAAAUAUGACCGAAGAAGAGCGUCGUUUAGCACUAAGACUAAACCCAAAGCAAGUCACAAACAAAGCAGCAAAAGGAAAAUACAAAUUUCUACAAAAAUACUAUCAUCGUGGUGCGUUUUAUUUGGACAAAGAGGAGGAAAUAUUCAAGAGGGACUUUGCCCAGGCUACUUUGGAAGAUCACUUUGAUAAAACCAUUCUGCCGAAAGUUAUGCAAGUUAAAAACUUUGGAAGGUCCGGACGUACGAAAUAUACACAUUUGGUGGACCAAGAUACUACUCAUUUCGAUUCGCCUUGGUCUCUCGAAAACCAACAGAAUACCAAGUUCUACAGUUCCCAAGCUGGUGGUGUCAAACAAAUAUUCGAAAAACCUUCUUUGAAAAAAAAGAAGGCAUAAAAAAUUGUAUUUAAUAUUAAUAUUGUUGUAAGCAUAAGUAAAAUAUAGGUCUAUAAUAUGUAAUUUGUACAAACUAUGGAGGUAUUAUAACUUUUGUCCAGGAAAAUAGGAUUUUUUUCCCUAUUGUCGCAUAUUAUAUGACAAUAUUGUUAUAGAAAUAAAAUAGCAAGCUAUUUUGAACACA